AUGUCAAGUGAAGUGACAAGAGCUGAAAACGAAUAUUCUAAAAAGACUCAUACACAUACCAUUGCAAAUAUUACAAACUUACAAGAAACCUUAAACAGGAAAAGUGACGUUGGACAUACACAUACCAUUGCAAAUAUUACAAACUUACAAGAAACCUUAAACAGGAAAAGUGACGUUGGACAUACACAUACAUCUUCUGAAAUAACAGACUUAAACGUUAGCCUUGAAAAGAAGGCAGAUAAGAACCAUACACACGAUUUCUUCGCAACUGUUGGUAUAGAAAAUAUUGCAGGAACGGUUGAAGAACCUGAUGGAACUGGUGGGGAUGCAUUGUAUUGGAAACCUCCUAACUUUCCACAAGGUUUAACAUCGGAUGAAGACAUAACAACGAUGAAAUACACUAGAUGUAGAAAUGUUUUUGUCAUGGAGGAUGAAAACAAAGUUAAAUUCACUGCUCAAGAUUUAUAUGACAACAAAGCUGACAAAACAUAUGUUAACGAUGAGUUAGAUAAGAAAGCUGACAAAACAUAUGUUAACGAUGAGUUAGAUAAGAAAGCUGACAAAACAGAGCUUCAAACGUUAAAGACAGAAAUACUUCAAACACUAUAUCCUAUAGGUUCUAUUUACACGUCAAUGAACUCUACCAGACCAGAAGUAGUACUUGGUCUCGGAACUUGGACUCAAAUAGUCGACAGGUUUUUGUAUUGUGCAAACUCUUCAAAGGAAACAGGUGGAAGUAAAACGAUUUCAGGUGAAAACUUACCUGCACACAGUCACUACGUAGAUUUAAGUACAUCUGAAGCAGGUUGGCAUAAGCAUAGAUUUUGGGAUUGGUCAGCAAUGAAAAAAGGUAAAGGAUAUGAUGUUAAAGACGAC